GAGCAAAUGAGAAGAGGCGGGUGGGAAGAGGUUCAAGGGCGGGUUUUCUCCUUGAACCUGGGCUAGUAUGGGUCAAGAGCUGUGUGCAAAGAGGCUACAGCCAGGAUGCAGUUGCUACCACCGUUCGGAGGGAGGGGAGGCGCACAGCUGUCAGAGAAGCCAGCCUGGAAGCACCGAGCCUGCUGUAUUCGAGCUAACAGAAGCAUCCAGUUCCACGGCUUCAUUUCACCCCAGGGGACUGGAGGCUGCCAGUGCCCAGAAGUUGAAGAGUAAAAGGCCCCGGAGUAACAGUGAUUCUUUUCAGGAAGAGAAUCUGAGGCAGGGGUUGCCAUGGAAGAAGAGCCUCCCUUUUGGGGCAGCCUCAUCUUACUUGAACUUGGAGAAGCUGGGUGAAGGUUCUUAUGCCAAAGUUUACAAGGGCAUCAGCAGGAUAAAUGGACAACUAGUAGCUCUCAAGGUCAUCAGCAUGAAUGCAGAGGAGGGAGUCCCUUUCACAGCCAUCCGGGAAGCAUCUCUCCUGAAGGGCUUGAAGCAUGCCAAUAUUGUCCUCUUGCAUGACAUUGUUCACACCAAAGAGACUCUGACAUUCGUAUUUGAAUACAUGCAUACCGACCUGGCCCAGUACAUGUCUCAGCAUCCUGGAGGGCUUCAUCCUCACAAUGUCAGGCUUUUCAUGUUUCAACUUCUGCGGGGCCUGGCAUACAUCCACCACCAGCGUGUUCUCCACAGGGACCUGAAACCUCAGAACUUGCUCCUCAGUCACCUGGGAGAGCUCAAACUGGCUGAUUUUGGUCUUGCUCGAGCCAAGUCCAUUCCUAGCCAGACAUACUCCUCAGAAGUGGUGACACUCUGGUACCGGCCACCUGACGCUUUGCUGGGAGCCACUGAGUACUCCUCUGAGCUAGACAUAUGGGGCGCAGGCUGCAUCUUCAUUGAAAUGUUCCAGGGUCAACCUCUGUUUCCUGGGGUAUCCAACAUCCUCGAACAGCUGGAGAAGAUCUGGGAGGUUCUGGGAGUCCCUACAGAGGAUACCUGGCCUGGAGUCUCCAAACUGCCUAACUACAAUCCAGAAUGGUUCCCGCCACCUAAACCUCAAAGCCUGCAGAUUGUCUGGGACAGGCUGGGUGGAGUUCCUGAAGCUGAAGACCUGGCCUCCCAGAUGCUAAAAGGCUUCCCCAGGGACCGUGUCUCAGCCCAAGAAGCGCUCGUUCAUGAUUAUUUCAGUGUCUUGCCAUCCCAGUUGUACCAGCUUCCUGAUGAGGAGUCUCUGUUUGCAGUUUCGGGAGUGAAGCUAAAGCCAGAAAUGUGUGACCUUUCGGCUUCCUACAGGAAGAGACACCACCUAGUCGGGGUUAACAAAUGUUGGUGAAAAGAAAAGGCCUGUAGCCACACGGUCUCCUUGUGUCAGCUUACGACGAAGCUUCGUGCCCUAUUUCAUACUGGAUCAGAGAUCUGUGUUCUCUCUCUGGCUGCCUGGAAUAUUUAAAACAUGAUGUUCAAGACAAGGAUAUAAUACAGGAAGAGUGCAAUGAAAGGUUAUUGCUAUUAUUGUUACCUAAAAACAAAGAAAGAAAGAAAGAAAGAAAGAAAGAAAGAAAGAAAGAAA